GGGGCGUCCUUUUUCGACAUCGACAAGUGCUGCGAUAACACGUCCCCCUUCGAUCACAUGAUGCCCGGCGAGGGCGGGUUCGGCGAGUUCGUGGGCCGCCUGGGCGUCUCGAACCGGACCCACGUCGUGGUUUACGACGCCAGCGAGUUCGGGAGCUUCUCCGCCCCCCGCGUCUGGUGGAUGUUCCGGGCUUUCGGGCACGGUCCGGUCUCGGUUCUGGACGGCGGGUUGAAGGCUUGGGUCCGGGAAGGCUACCCGGUGACCGGAGACCGCACCAAACCGGACCCGGUGGAGUACCGGGCGAAACUCGACCCGUCCCGGGUGAAGAGUUACCAGGACGUGCUGGAGAAUUUGGAGAGCAGGCGGUUUCAGGUCGUGGAUGCGAGACCCGAGGGUCGGUUCAGAGGACUCGAACCAGAACCGCGGGACAACACAGAACCGGGUCACAUCCCUGGCUCCAUCAGCAUGCCGUUCCCGGGCUUUCUGACCCAGUCCGGAGAGGAGAAGGACCCUGAGCAGCUCCGGGAGAUGUUCCGGAAGGCUGGCGUCGACCUCUCCCGACCCCUGUGCGCCACCUGCGGGUCGGGGGUCACGGCCUGCCACGUGGCGCUGGCCGCCUUCCUGUGCGGACAGGAAGAGGUGGCGAUCUACGACGGGGCGUGGUCCGAGUGGUACACCAGGGCCCCGCCCGAACACGUCAUCUCCGAGGGGCGGGGAAAGCAUCUGUGAAGCGGACCGUCAACCAGGCCCGCAGCGUGGAGGGGAAUCGCAGACUCCUAUUGCACAGCAGCGUGAUCCAGUCCAGGUUUCAUAUCUUAAUAGACUUUGGUUGUAGCUGAUUUUAUAGUGGAGAGAGCUGCAGUAUAUUGGUGGUAUCAGUGGGAUACUUAGACAGAGAGAUCAGGGCUGGGAAGCAUUGUAAAGCACAGAGAGGUCUGGUAAAUUUGGAAGAUAGACAGAACAGACUCGCAGGUAAGGGUGGAAACCAAGAUUCCUGGAGAGCUGAUUCUUCCUGGAUAAAUAUCCCACUACUACCACCAAUCUACUGCAGCUCUCUCCACUAUAAAACCAGCUACAAAACUCCUUCAACCAAACUCUAUCUACAGGGCUGGGAAUCAGACUCCUAUUGCACAGCAGUGUGAUCCAGUCCAGGUUUCACUGCUACCAGCUUGAUCAGC